AUGGUGUCCGCACCAUCCAGACCACGUCCUGCAACUGAAAAAUCAGAAGCAGUCAAGGUGAUUAUCCGUUGUCGUCCGUUAUCGGCUUCUGAAAUAUCUGAUGGUUAUCAAAAUAUUGUUGAUAUUCAAACAAAUCGUGGUGUAAUUGAAUUAUACAAUCCAAAAGAACCAAAUGAACCUUCGAAAAUAUUCACAUUUGAUUCAGUUUAUGAUCCACAAUCUAAACAACUCGAUCUUUACGAUGAAACAUUUCGCCAUCUUGUCGAUUCUGUGCUUGAAGGAUUCAAUGGAACGAUUUUUGCAUAUGGUCAGACAGGAACAGGGAAAACAUUCACAAUGGAAGGUGUUCAUGAGGAUCCUGAAUUGCGUGGUGUCAUACCGAAUGCAUAUCACCAUAUUUUCCAACAUAUUGCACAAUCGCGGAAUCAACAGUACCUCGUGAGAGCAAGCUAUUUAGAAAUUUAUCAGGAAGAAAUUCGCGAUUUGUUGAGUGUAGAUCCGAAAAUACGUUUAGAAUUAAGGGAGCGUCCAGAUAUUGGCGUUUAUGUGAACGGUCUUUCAUCAUUCGUAGCAAAAUCUGUGGAAGAAAUUGAGCACGUUAUGUUAGUCGGUCAUUCAAAUCGUACAGUCGAGAGAACAAACAUGAACGAACAUAGUAGUCGUUCACAUGCAAUUUUCAUGGUGACAGUCGAGUGCAGCGAACCCGGUUUGGAUGGUCAGAAGCACAUAAGAGUCGGACGAUUAAAUCUGAUAGAUUUGGCAGGCAGUGAGCGUCAGUCAAAAACGGAAUCACAUGGUGAACGGUUGAAAGAAGCAACAAAAAUCAACCUGUCUCUUUCUGCUCUUGGCAAUGUUAUAUCAGCAUUGGUUGGUGGAAAGAGUACUCAUGUGCCGUACAGAGAUUCGAAACUAACACGGUUAUUACAAGAUUCACUAGGCGGUAAUUCGCGAACCGUAAUGGUCGCUAAUAUUGGACCUGCGUCGUAUAAUUAUGAAGAAACACUGUCUACGUUAAGAUAUGCAAAUCGCGCAAAAAAAAUCAAUAAUCAACCAAGGAUCAACGAGGAUCCCAAAGAUGCGCUUCUUCGCGAAUUUCAAGAUGAGAUUACAAGGCUUCGAGAAAUUUUGGAAGAACGAGCCGUUAAAAAAAAAAAAAAGGUGUGUGUUGGCGGAAAGAGCGAAAGUGAUGAUGAAGCUAUUCCAAGUGAAGAAUAUCUUAAUGAACAGCAGAAGCGUUUGGAAGAUGAAAGACAAACCAUCAUCUCUAAUUCAAACAUUAUUGCAGAGGAAAAGAGAAAAAUACUUGCCGAUCUGGAAGAAAGGGUUGAGCAGCUAGAAAGGGAACGCGAAGCACAAACUGCUAUAGCUGCGAAGAUUCGAGCAAUGCAAAGUAAACUUCUUUCUGGUGAUAACAGUUUGUUGGAUAAGACUCGCGAACAGCAAAAAUUGCUGGAGCAGCGAAGAAGACAACUAGCUGAACAAAAGAACAAAGAACGCGAAAUUUUGCAACAGUUGGAAGCACAAGAAGAUAAUACAGCAGAAAUACAUGAAACAUUUAGUAAUUUGAGACAAGAAGUUGAAAUAAAAACAAGGAAACUAAAAAAAUUAUAUUCCAAGCUCCAACAGGUUCGUUCGGAAAUCAGUGACGCCUCUGCAAGUCAUUCACAGGAGAGGCAGGAUUUGGAAAAUUCAGUAACCGAAAUUAAUAAAGAGCUAAAACUGAAAUUGCUGAUUGUGGAGAAUUUCGUGCCACAAGAUGUUCGUGAUCGCUUACGUGAAAGAGCAUGUUGGGAUGAGGAUGUAGGUACUUGGAAACUUUUAAAAAUCGGACAAAGUCGGUCCAGGAGCACUACAUCCGAAGAAUUAUAUCGUUCAGGUGGCGGUGAUUCUGGAUUAGGCGUCAGUGAUACUUCGACUAAUAUUGAUUAUUCUAUUGUCCAAGAUCUUAUUAGCAACCGACCGGUGUCAGUACCUGGCAUGAGGCGGCCAAUAUGUGAUUACGAGCGAAUGUGUUUGACAAGAUUGCGCCAACAGUUGAGCACGCAGUUAAAAUGUGAACAGCUAAGAUCUACCAAUUAUGCAAACGAAGCUGGUACCAUGAUCCUAGAAGGGAUUCUGCGAUUUUGUGGUGAAAAUGUAUUGACAUUCACUUCGUUGGAAAAUUUAGAAAGGCGAACAAAGUUGUAUGAAAUUUUCGAAGUCGAAGCUGGUUUACAGGCUACCGCCAAUUUCGUACGGUAUAACGAAGAACAGGAACAGAAUUUUAUUGUUGAUAUUUCAAGAAUUCCAGUGCUGCGAGAUUCAAAUCAAACCAGCCGGUUUCCUGUUUCAGGUCCGUCGAUGCCGGGAAAUUCUUCAUUUUUCAAGUCAACUAUCAUUAACACAUUCAAAAAAUGUACGAGCCCGCAGCGCACUUGGAAGAGUGGUAACAACUUCGAACAGCUGCACACCGAAAACUGGAGGUUUGGUAAAAGGGAAAGACAACCAACCGUAGAUUCGGGAACGUUAUUCAAAAAAGUAUUGCAGCAAAACCAUCUCGCACUUAAUUUAUUUGCUUCAAAUUUUUUACGUCAGCAAUAUUCACAAAUUGAUUUAUGCCAUUCGUCAUUAUCAACUCCUAAUAGUUCAUUUGUUCAGAAAGAUUCUUAUGCUGCAAGCUGUACUGUUGUCCCAGAAACUUCUAUUAUUAUCGCGAAUACAGUUGCUAAACGUUCUAUCCAUUAUUCAUCUUUGCCAAAUGUCCCUAGGAGUAUACCGUAUCAACACGACAAAUUGUCAAUAGUAGUUGGAAUCAGUCAGGGUACUGACUACUUGAGUAGAAAAACUAGGACUGGUUUUGAGAAAGCAUCAUUGUUCGCGGAUAUUAUCGUUACCGAUAGCAACUUACUACAUCAGAAUUUGACCGAGAAUGUAACAGGAAGUUCCAGAAAUAAUCGACUGAAUUUUAACAAAAAUGAUAGCAUUGUGCAGUCAAAGUUUAAAAAUCAAAUAUGGAAUUCAUGUUAUCAGCAGAUUUAUGGCGACGUCAAGAAAUGGAUGAUAAUGGACCAAACAGACACGUUAUAUGUAAUGCCUUUCUCAUACGAAGGAGGAACUGUUCGUGGAAAAAGGCAUAACAGCAGAAUUCCAAUAUUGAAUACGAGAUCGGAAACUAUAGCAGCUCAGUGUUUACAAUCCUCUGAAAACUGCAGUUUGUUUAUUCAGUCUUUUUCGACAGUUACAAGGCGAGUCAAUAGUUCACUAGCAAUGGAAGGGUCGUGUGAGAAAUUAGCAAAUGGUCUGAAAGGAACUCCCUUCAACAUUUCAAGGCAGUUAUUGGGGCGAUGUGCUUUUUGUAGGCAACAAAGCAUCUCAUCAUACACUUCCAGUUGCCAUGAAGACAUUGUAAAGUUAGCAACAUAUUCCGAGUCAGUAAAACCAUGGGAAGUGCAUACUCACAGUUAG